UUGACCAUCGUGGAUCCGGUGGUUGCUCUGGUGUUUUCAGUGGGCUCUUUAAGAGUGGAGUGUGGAGCAUCUGCUGAUCUGUCAGCAGGCGUGGAUCCGCCCUCAAUGCAAACACCGCGACUGCACCUCAGGGGAGCGGAGUCCCACAGCCGGUGAACCCAACCUGCACCCGAUCACACCCACACCCACCGACACGCAGGACGCGGACACACGAUCAGUUCACCUCUAUGGAUUAUUGAUCGUCGACAUUAAAAUGCGCCGGGCCCCUCGUCCUCUCCAUCCCGGACUCUGCAGGUGUAAGAGGUAAGAGGACGGAGCUGGUGCCGCAUGGGGAGAGAGGGAGGGAGGGCCACGGCCACGCUGCACCUCCGGAUCGCAUCAUACAUGUUUUACAUACAGCCAUGACAUUUCCACACGCCACGGGAUGGACGAGUUCGCCUGUGUAGACUUGACUGUGUUUCCUCUGCUGGAUGGUUCGGCCGGUUUGUCUGGAGUGAGACUGGAGGAAACAGCAGCGGUGUGAUCAACGGCUGGAGCUCACUAUGUCUUCCUCUGUGUUGGUGUCCGGAGUGGGUGAGUGGAGUCUGGGAGAGCUGCCCAUGGAGAGUUGGAUGGCUCACCUGCCAUGUCCUCUGUGGGACACCCCACUCUACCACCUGGCCAUCCCAGGCAGCCACAAUGCAAUAACCUAUUGUCUGGAUAUGAAUGACCGAUCCCCUGUUGACCUCACUCAACCAGAUAUGCUCCAAAAGCUGGACAAAUACAUGAAGCCUCUUAUUCGCCCUUUUGUGUACAAGUGGGCCAUAACCCAGGAGUACACUAUAAAGCAGCAGCUGGACUGUGGGGUCAGAUACUGUGACCUGAGAAUCGCUCACAGACCCAACGACAGCUCCACGGACCUGUACUUCUACCAUGGAGUUUACACCACGCUCACUGUGGAGACUGUUUUAAUGGAAAUAAGGGAGUGGCUGGACGCUCAUCCCAGAGAGGUGGUCAUCCUCUCCUUCAGCCAUUUCCUGGGCCUGAGCCAGGAGCUCCACAUGCUGCUCCUCACAACCAUCCGCAACACAUUCACCUCCAAACUCUGCCCCAAAACGGAGCUGUUAACUCUUCGAAACCUGUGGGCUUUAGGCUACCAAGUGAUUGUGUCCUAUGAACACAACAUUUCCAGCAAUCAUAAUGACCUGUGGCCACAUAUUCCUUACUGGUGGGCCAACAAGUGUAAAGCAGAGUCUCUCAUUGAGGAGUUUGAACACAGGAAGCAGCAUGGAAGACCAGGGGGUUUAUUUGUCACAGGAAUCAACCUGACAGAGGACCUCAAAUACAUCUGCACACACCCGACAGAGUCUCUGAAGGACUUGGUGAUGUCCACGUACCCGACACUGCUCAGCUGGGUUAAGGAGCAGACUCCCGGAUCCAAAGUGGGCUCUCUCAAUAUCAUUGCUGGGGACUUUGUCACAGAGAGCCGGUUUGUACCGACUGUUGUCACGCUGAAUGAGAAGUUACUGAAAUGGUCAUGAUUUUCAUCAAUAUGCAUUGCUCUACAAAAAAUGUGAAUUACAGCAUGAAAACCACAUGAGCUUGUGUUGUUGAGAGUAGCAGAAAAUAUUCAAGUACUUGAAUUAUUCAUUUUAAUAUACUGUAUAUGCACCAGGCAGUGAAAUGUAUAUUUCAGUCUUAAAGCUGCUUAAACACAAAAUGAUGGUAUUUUGAUGUGCACUUGUUUACAUUUAGUUCACUAGUUAUGCAAUGUACUGUAUCAGUUUUCACAAGUCAGCAAAGUGGCCCGUUUUCUGUUACAGUGACCAAAGCAAUAAUGAUACUACCAUCACCUUAACGUAGGCAUUUUAGAUAAGUAAGCACAAAUAAUGGUAGUUAUGAGCACAUAUGAUAGUAACUUAAACUUUUAUAAGUAUGCAAUGUGGACAGCAAGUAUAUGAAAUAGCUUAAGUUUAUUCUAUACAAUGUGCAUUUAUCGCUAGAGAAUGUCCCACCAACAGAGAAAGAGAUCAGUCUUAUGCAGAAUGCAUGAAAAAAGUGAAUUGCAUGAACCCAACUUUGACUGUUGUACUUAUUACUGAAGUUAGCCAACAAGUUAAGCCUUGAUUUAAAAAUAGUCCUGCACCGCUGUGCCUGUGGAGAUAAGCUUUUCCAAUAAAAAACAGCAUUUUUAAUCAAAUAAUCUCACUUCAUUAACAGUCAAAGGUCAAGCCUGUGCUUUUUAUUUGUUGGUCACUGUCCGCAAAACAGUCUUUCAGAGAAAAUCUGAUUUUAAACAGUUUUUGAACAGUAUUGGUUUUCCUUGUCACUUUUUAAAAGAUAUACAGGAAAAUGGUCUAAAAAAAAUGUCUUUACUCAUGUGAUAAUCAUUGCUCCUAGAUUUUAGCUUAUAAAGCUGUAUGCAAAGGAAGGAAAAUUAGACAAUGAUGAAUUCCUUACUUAAAUUAUUACUACAUUCAUCUGAAGGAGUGUGCAUGCCAUCAAGGCCAAUCAAGUUAGAUUUUUUUCAAAGGUUCUUGUAAUCUUUUCCUAAAUUUUGCAUUUGAAAACUGUUUAUACAUGAAUUACUUUUACAUGCAACAUGUAAAUAAAAUUUAACAUUUCUGCUUGAUUGUUGUGUUAAUGUAAAGAUCCUCUCUGUAAUUUAAGUCCACACUAAAAAUUAAACAGAGUAACUGGAGCUGCCAGUGCCAGCUGGUUUCCAGUGUUGUGGACAAAGGCAA